GCCUGUACUCCCCUCGUGCUAUGUAAAGGCUUUAAGAUUUGCAAAUCAUUUGCCCUAAUUUCCAGUUCAAAACCCCAAAUUCCUGCUGCUAGUCAACCGACAACAAUGUCGGACAUCCCUUUGGAAGUCGUCGCCGACUUUUUAUCCCGAGUCCCGGCAAUGUCUCUGCUACGAUUCAGGUGCGUAUCAAAGCAAUGGCGUUCGAUUAUCGACAGUCCAGAGUUCAUCAAAAUGCAUCUGAACCGGACGCUCUACACGAAAUCUGACCGUAAGCUCAUUCUCCGCUCCUGUUAUCUGUACUCAGCGGACUUCGAUGGACUGGAUAACACUAACGUAGCCCAUUACGUGAAACUUGAGCAUCCAUGUAAGCCCCGGGAAGUAGGAACUGUGUUUGUUGGGUCUUGUCACGGACUACUCUGUUUGGACGGUGGGGUUGAAGAUAAAUGUAUUCUACUGUGGAACCCUACAACCAGAAAACAUUUUAGAUUACCUCCCUCAAAGUUCGAACGUCCUAUGGAAUCUUUCUGUAAGAGGACAAUGGUUUUCGGAUUCGGGUACGAUAAAGCUAGUGACGAUUAUAAGGUGUUGAGAAUACUACAGUCUUAUUACAUGGAUAGUGAAGUGCAAGUGUUUAGUAUGAAAUCUAAAGCUUGGAGGACAAUAGCUAAUUUUCCUUACUAUCUGAAAUAUCAAAGCGCCCCUGGAGUGUUGGUAUCAGGUUCUUUGCAUUGGGUUGUAACAAAAGACCCUGACACUUUUAUGGUUAAUUUGAUUGGUGCUUUUGAUCUUGAGACUGAAGAGUAUAGGUUGGUUCCUCAACCGGACUACCCUAAAAAGAAGAGCAAGAAUUUUCAUUUGAAUGUGGUGGUUUUGGAUGGAUCACUUUGUGGCUUAUGCAAUUAUUAUGACCACGAGUACGUUGAUGUUUGGGUGAUGAAGAAAUAUCGGGUGAAAGAGUCAUGGACCAAGUUGUUUAAGGUUGCAGAAUCUGAUACCCGUAUCAAGCCUUUUCAUUAUGUUACACCUGUAGCAUUUUCCCGGAGUGGCAAGAGGGUAUACAUGGUGCAGAAUGAUAAAAUGCCUCUUUGGUAUGAUUUGGAAAAGAAAAAAGUUAUUCCUACAAAAUAUCGCAUCUCUGACCCUCCUAGUUAUAUGGAGCAUCAAAUGUGUUUUGGAAGUCUGGUUCAACUUGAUGGUGGAAUUAGUGGUAUGCUUGAGAGGGUUCAAGAUACAAAGGAAGAAGUGAUAGGUAGUAGCAAAGGAACCAAAAAAAAUGGAAAUAAUAAGAAGAGAGAUAACUUCCUGUCAGUGGGCUUCAAGUUGGUUCUUUAAUCAACUCAAGCUGUUUGCAAUUAAUGGGUCAGCCACGGACUAGGCGCUUAAUGGCAAGGAUGGAGGGUUCAAGUAUUUUUUUGGAACUAGUAACUAGGAACACAACAUUUUAAGUAGGAAACUAGCUAAGAACGUGGUGAUGUAUGACCAAAAUCUUGAAUACUUGUGAUUUCUUGUUUCAUGUAGUCUAUAUUUUUAACUUGCCCCUUCCGUUCUUCUUAUUGUUUUGUGAA